CUUUUUUCUGCUUCUGGGCUUUUCAAGUUGUUAGCCUUGUCAUGUUGCCGCUACCCACACCCUGGUUCAGGUGGUUCGUCAGCUUAGUCUGACGCGGGAGCCCACAGGUUUCGCCAAUCCUCAAUGGAUCCCCAAGCAGCCCGUCCGCACGCUACCAUAGGCCAUUUCUUUUCACAUGACUGGAGAAGGGCUGGAUCUAUGUCCGAGGCGGGCCGAAAAUUGUAGGCCAUCAAUCUCAGCGGCCGUAAACACGCAGAUUGAAGACCAAGCAACCAGUGACGGGGUCCCCUCCAGAGCCCCGGGCAUGGAACGGGGUCCCCAGUUUCCAGUCAUGGUUGUGACUAUGCCAGAUGUUGUAUAAAUCCUUUCCGCCCCUCCCAUUUGUUUUUGCUUCUACCAUUUCCGUUUUCCGGGCCUUGAGUGCGUUCAGUCUUACAUUGCACCUAUAGCAACAUCACCACGGGACACAGCUCCUUGUUUAAAUCCUGAGAACAUACUGAUUCAGCAUGUCCUUGGUAGAGCGCCUCUUCCCCCAGGCGGAGCUGGAGGCUCUUGGAAACAAGUGGUAUGAACCUCCCAGCAAGAAGAGGAGGCUCGAUCAGGAAACCGGACCGCAACGACGGCAAUGUCAAGAAGAGGAUGUACCUGCAGCACGAGCAGCUCCUCGUCGACUGAACAGCGAAUCGGCCUUGGAUGCAGGACGCCAUCGUCUCUUCACGACGACGCACCAGCGCAGACGAUGGUCGACCAAGUCCUAUGUUAGCAUCGCAAAGCAGUCCAUUUCCGACUCCAGGGCUUCAUCCACCAACACAGCAAGCAACGCUUGCAUAACUGCGAGUGCCAUGACAAGCACUACUGCUCCCACGACCACUUCAUGUCUGCCCAGCUUUAUCGAGCCGAGCAUCCUCCAGAACUACCUGCAACAUCUACAUCCCAAGGACCGCUCACGCUACUCGUUAUCCGACGUUGCCAACCGUGGCCCCGAGUCCCGCAGUCAUGAUGAUACCUUCUUCUUGCAUUCUCGGCAGCCAAAUAACCAGGAUAAUGCAUCAUCCCCGGGUUCUCUGACCAACGACACGUCCUCUCCUGCGCCUUCGUGCGACGGCUGCCCAAGUCCAUCAGCGGGUAUCUACGAGCAACUGCACGCUUCUCCAUUCAGUCAUCUGAUCGAUGGCUUGCGAUUCACCGAGCACGAAAGGAACAUGGUGAACGAUCUACUCUUCCCCCGCGGGCCGCUGGAGUUCGGCUCAGAUAUGUCGUUUGACAAGAAGCCGGAUUUGGACAACGAGCAAACAGAAGCUUUGGAUGACCCUGACCCGACCAGCAAAGGGUUUCUGCAUAAGCCAUUCAGCUUCAGCAUCCCUCCAUCUGCCUUGCAACUGGAUGAGCACACCAAAGUACAUGCGGUAACCAACGAAGACAGGGAUAAUGACGUGCAUUCUUCCGGGCUCAGUCCUGGUGCGGAGGAAGGAGAGGAGCCACAGGAGAAGAAGGACGAGGAGCCACAGGAACACAAGAGUCCAGCAGGAAUUGUCAUGUAUGACUACGGUGGAUUGAGUGAUGACGACGAGGGGGAGUUAUUCGACUUUGAAAAAGCUUCAGCGCCGUCUUUGAUUUCGACAUGAAAUGUUGUCGCUAUUAUGUCACACACUGCAGGAUCUAUCUGCCGUCCAGUUCUCGAUCCCCGGCCUGAAGACCUGCGGAUGGCAGAAACCUUAUUGUCUCAAGAAACUUUUGACGAAUGUGAUGAGAGACUGAACCCUUAGAGAUUCCAUGAUCAUGUCCCUAAGCAAUAAUUGUAUGCAAGAUACAAAUGUAUGAUCUGUGAAUACAUGCCUGUCCGAUGUGCUACAGCAUCAUUCAACCCCGCGAAAAAAAACGUGUCCCCGGAUGAAGCACCCCAAAGAAAUUGGCACGGGCAUCGGCGUCAACAUGUCUUUUCACGUGAUCGGAAAACGUCCCGUGUAGCC